AUGUGGACUGCUAAGGAAGAUCAACCCGGCGAUGUGUUGGGCCGCACGAGCGCCAAUUCGGAAGUGGUGCUAGUGGAGGGCCAAGGGUUGGCCAACUCCACGGCAGCGCCAACUGUGGCGAAUCUAAACGUUACUAAAUCCUCCCGGGUCCACAUUGGCCCUAAAUUCGUGUCUGUGACGCAGAAUCUACAAAACACAGAGGUUAUAAAAGGCCGGUUUCUGGGCCUAGAGUUGGUGUCAUCCAAGCGAGCGCGCAGGCUACGAUGUAGCGUCGCGGUCUUCGUGUGUUGGGCAUUUAUUGUCGCUUCUGCUCUCGCCAUCUACCUCAUCUACGUCGCCUUACCCCGGCAGCAGACACGCCUAGACAUAGGUCUUAACGAGCCAUGGUACCUGCGUCGUGCUGACUGGCAAGCAAUGCCGCCCUACGGAAUAGAAUUUCUCAACUUACCUUUGCCGUACGUCAUAAUUUGUCAUACCGCAGCAAAUUACUGCAACCAACGAUACUCGUGCAUAGAGCAAAUGCUUAUUAUACAACAAGACCACUUGCGGAGGGGAUUGUAUGACAUCGGUUCAAAUUUCUUGGUUGGUGGCAAUGGACUGGUGUUCGAGGGCCGUGGUGCCAACGUCUUUGGAGCAAUGAUCACGUCUUGGAAUGUAAAAAGCAUCUCGAUAACAUUCAUGGGCAACUAUAUGACAGAUGAAACGGUUCAAGAGCAGUUUGAUAAUGUCAAUGUACUUUUGGAGGUCCUAGUAAAAGAAGGGGUCCUGCAACCAGACUAUACCUUGUACGGACACUGUCAAGUAUCCCCAGAUACUUUUUCUCCUGGACAACACGUCAUUCGAAGAUUAGAUAACUUUGCUCAUUGGAACAAUUACAACAUGACAGGAUGCCUCAGAAGU